UGCCUUUUACGUAAUGACAUGGAUCUGGGGCCUUAUAAAUACGAACAGGAACGUCAGUCAGACAUCAUCAUCGAGCAGACUGAAAGAUUCCAAGCAGCAAACAACAGGAACAUUUCCUCUGCUUUAAGAAGACAAGACAAAAGUGACUGGACAGCAGCUUUAUUUAAAUUGCAGAUCAAACUCAACUAUCAGAGAUACUUCUAUCAUAUAGAGCACAGUCUCAGUGCACAACUAAUCUGCAAAAUGCAAGCCGUUCGUCAGUGUUCAGUGUGUACCAGCAGAGCUGCUGGGGGACUUCUGAGAAACCAGACAGACUUUUCAUUUCUGCGGACCAACAAGAAUGUGGUCAGAAGAGGAGCGACCUGUGUCCGGUUCCUCAGCAUUUCUGAGAGUGGCCAGUUCAAGUCUGGAGUCCAGAAGAAGGAGGAAAAGACAAAUACUGCACCCAUGAGCCUUACAUCUACAAGCUCUGCUCGUGGACUUAACGCUUUCCCUUUCACACAGCAUGUGGAGAACCUCUCCCAGGACUCCCUGAUCAGAAGAGCGGCCUCAGUGGUGACAGACGGUUCCAGUAUCUUCCUCUCACAGACCACCUUGGCUCUCAUCGAUGCCCUCACAGACUACUCAAAGGCUGUGCACACACGUGUUGCUUUCCAAAGACGCUACUUAGCCACGCUGGGAAAACUGACCGCUGCAGAGGAGGAUUCACUCCUGGAGGUGAUCAGUGUCCAACGUGCAGAGGCAAGUGAGAGGCUGGAGGACUGCAAGCGCUUUGAGUCAACCUGGAUCAAUGCAGUUAACUUGUGCAAAAUGGCAACUGAGGCAGCACAUUCCACAGGAGCUGAACACGCGUCCAUCUCAGUGAGGACAAACAUGCAGGUGGCCCAGUCCCAGGUGGAGGAGGCUCGUAAACUGUCAGCGGAUGCAGACAAGAAGCUGGCCGAGACUAAGGUGGAGGAGAUCCAAAGAAUGGCCGAGUAUGCUUCCUUUAGAUGGGAGAAUGAGGAGCACGAGGUGCACGAGGCUUAUCUCCGAGAGGACUAAGGCACACAGACAGAGAUAUGAGAAUGCAGAGCUAACAAGUUCUUUAAAGAGCCUGUAAGAUUGUGAACCCUAAAAUAAUAUUUAAAGAGGGAAUCUACUAAAUAUGAGUAUUUGUAAUCCUCUAAAGUUUCAGUAUUAUUUAUGACUAUUUAUUUGAUUGUUGGAUUUCAGCUGCUUUGGAGUUGCUGGACAAUUAUUAGAGGAUCUCUUGUUUUUGGCAGUGAGAUUUAUCCAACAUUGUAUCACAGUGUUGUUUAUUGUAUGAGUUUU